UCUUCUUAACGAGUAAGGAAAAAUAAUUCGGUUUGCCGCGGCUGAGGAAGUGAAAUGAGCUAUCACUUUGUUUUCGUGCAUGGUGCGUCGCACGGAGGAUGGUGCUGGUUCAAAGUCAGGAGUCUUUUGGAGAAUAAAGGCCACAAGGUUUCAUGUGUAGACCUUGCCGGUGCCGGCAUCAACCCGUCGGAUGCUAAUACGAUCCUUACAUUUGAUGCGUACAACAAGCCACUUAUCGAUUUCAUGUCUGCUUUGUCGGAGGAUGAAAAGGUGAUUUUGGUGGGCCACAGCUUUGGAGGGAUGAACGUAACUGAUGCGAUGAACAAAUUCGUGAACAAAGUGGUAGUCGCCAUCUAUGUGAACGCAGCAAUGUUACCGUCCUUCGGAGAACUUGCAGCAUCGCUACCAUUCCAAGGACCACACAAACAGGCAAAUUGGUCAGAUUUCCUCGAAAUGUAUGAAAUAUGGUUUGGGUUAGGACCAGAUAAGCCUCCCACAAGUAUUUUAUUGAAGAAGGAAUAUCAGCGCCAACUCCUUUAUAAUCUAAGCCCUGUUGAGGACUCAACACUAGCUGCGAUGCUCUUGCGCCCAAUGCCAGUCAUGGCACAAGGAAUCCCGAAUUUUGGAGUUGGGGAUGGUGUUGACAAGGUAAAACGAGUCUGCAUAAGGGGCACCUCCGACACCUUCUUCUCAGAUGCAAGCUUUGAGUCUCAGAUUAAGAUGUGGCCACCAACAGAAAUCUUCACAGUUGAGAGUGACCACUGCCCAUUCUUUUCAGCCCCGACACAACUCUUCCACUUGCUCCUCCGAGCCAUGAUUGAUCCCUUCUGAUUAGAGAUGCAAUCAGAUGGUCCAAUUACAUUAGCACAUGUAUGCUACUUAAUUUCAUAUGCUUUUAGUAAAAAUGGGGACCAUGGUUUUAAUCAUCCGGACCGUUGCCCUGAUGGGGCCAAGGUAGAUUGUUAUUGAUAUUUGCUAAUGAUAAUACUGUUGUAUUUGAUGUCUUUAAUAAACUUUUAUGUUUCUUUU